GAGUUUCGACGACGCCAGCUCGACGGGCAGACUGGAGAGCGACCAGAUGGAAUUCUGCGCUGCCUUCUUAACAGAUUCCACACAUUUUAAAAUCUAUCGCACGCACUUUUAGCUGACUCUCCGGCUAACCGACAGCCCUGGCGUGACCGCUAGCGCCUUUUCUGGGAGGCUCGGCUGCGCUGCGAACCGGGACAGAAGCGGUGUGAAGACGUUUCCAGAUACCAAACAUCUCCCCACUGUCCCAAGGCGAGUCAGUGUCCAUCAUGCCGCUGUUUGGUAAAUCCCACAAGAGUCCGGCGGACAUCGUCAGGACCCUGAAGGAGAACCUGGCCAUCCUGGUCAAGCAGGACAAGAAGACAGACAAGGCAUCUGAGGAGGUGUCAAAGUGUUUGGUGUCCAUGAAGGAGAUUCUGUACGGGAGCAACGAUAAGGAGCCCCACACCGAGACCGUGGCCCAGCUGGCCCAGGAGCUGUACAACAGCGGCCUGCUGAUAUCGCUGGUAGAAAACCUGCAGGUCAUAGACUUCGAGGGGAAGAAGGACGUGUGUCAGAUCUUCAACAACAUCCUGAGGAGGCAGAUCGGGACGAGGAGCCCCACCGUGGAAUACUUCUGCUCCCACCAGGAGGUCCUGUUCAUCCUGCUGAAAGGAUACGAGACGCCCCAGGUGGCGCUGAACUGUGGGAUCAUGCUGAGGGAGUGCAUCCGCCACGAGCCGCUCGCCAAGGUGGUGCUUCACUCCGAACAUUUCCACAGCUUCUUCAACUACGUGGAGAUGUCCACCUUCGACAUCGCCUCCGACGCCUUCGCCACCUUCAAGGAUCUCCUGACAAGACACAAAGUUCUUGUGGCCGAAUACCUCGAACAGAACUACGAUGCUGUGUUUGCAGACUAUGAGAAGCUGCUGCACUCUGAGAACUACGUCACCAAGCGGCAGUCUCUAAAGCUUCUGGGCGAGCUGCUAUUGGACAGACAUAACUUCACGGUGAUGACGCGCUACAUCAGCAAGCCUGAGAACCUCAAGCUGAUGAUGAAUCUGCUCAGAGACAAGAGUCCCAACAUCCAGUUUGAGGCCUUCCAUGUGUUUAAGGUGUUCGUAGCAAACCCCAACAAGACGCAGCCCAUCAUCGACAUCCUGCUCAAGAACCAGACCAAACUAAUCGACUUCCUGAGCAACUUCCAGAAGGAUCGCACGGACGACGAGCAGUUCAACGACGAGAAGACCUACCUAAUCAAACAGAUCCGGGAUCUGAAGAAACCCGCCUCCUAGAGAAGCACCGCUCCCCUUCCCUCGACCCCGACUUUUUAUCAAUAGGAAGAGAUAGAAAAAAAAACACAUUAACAAUAACGGUUAUUCUAUUUAAAAGAAAUCUUCAAGACUUUAUUUGUCUUUUUUCUCUUUGUUGGUUCAUUAAAAACUUGUGCGAGAGUAGUUCUUAAUCACUGAUCUUUCUUUUGUAAAUUUUUUUCAUGAAAUCUUUUGGGUUUUUUUCCAUCUUGUAGCAUGUAGUGCCACGACUCGUGGCGUUGGAGGCGUCUGAUUUGCUUUGACGGGAGAACCAGCGGUUAAAAAAAGCUUCUAGCGGCUGAUCAUCGGUGCUCCGUUAGCCACCGUUCAAAUGAAGUAGCGGCGAAUCAGAAAAGUAAUGAAGAAUUUCUGCUUCUUUUUUUUUUGUGCGUGUCCGAUCAGGAUGGGGUGAAAUAUAUUUUACAGUCAUCGUGAAACGCAUUCUCAGUCGUCGGUGAAAGCUUUCUCAGCCACAUCCUCUACCGCCAAAGCCAAUGAUUAUCCCUCUUUAGCUGAAAAGCAUCAUCGGGCUUCAAUACGAUCUCAGCGCAGCUUCACGGCCAGAAAAGUCUCGUCUUCCCUACUUUUUCCGACAAAAUUCUUGCCAAUUCGACCAGGAAAAGGAAGCACAUCCAAAUCAAAAAGCUUCAGCAAGACAACAAAGAGAGAGAGAGAACUGCUUUCCGAUAAAAAUUGUGACACAAAUGAAGGCAAAAUGUUUCGUUUAACCGUGACAUCGGGCUGCUAUCGGUACAGUAAGCUUCAGACGUUUUGAUCACUGGUUCUCUUUGCUGGUGGCUAAAAGCACUUUCUGUAUGAUAAAAAUAAUAUGACGAUUCUUCUUUUUUUUUAAACUGAUCACUGUUUUCACACUGCUUGAUGCUGUUUUUUUUAUAUAUAUAUAUAGUUUCAUUUCUUGCCAUGUACAGUUUCCGGUUUGAGUGCCGUUGUGAGCGGGAACGCUGACGGAGGCACUUUGCUGUGGAGGAGAGCAGCUGUUUGAGUCUCGGUUUCACUUUCUUUUUUUUUUCCCUUCCUGUACUGUUUCAAGUGUUUUUGCUCUGAUUUGGAGAUUUGGAUCUGACGUUGGCGUUAGAAAGGAGGAGGAUUCAGAGGUGCCUUUUCGUUUUCGGUGUUUUUUCCCUUCUUCUCGCUCCUUAUUUUGUAUUUCCAGUAUCUUCUAGGGGGAGCUUAAUUAUCAUGUGGAUGAAAAUAUGCUCUGGACAGAACAUAUUUGUUGUGAUUAAGCAGUGAACCUCUUAACUCACUAUAUUUGAGUUACACUAUCAUUUUCAAACUUUUUUUUUUUUUUUUUUGCAGUUGCCAUCGCCGUAGUUUGUCGCCAAAGUAGUUCUGAUCGAACACGUGAAUUGCAAACUGUGUCGGCUACGAAACGCGCCGGGAAAGCGAGGCCAAAGUUGACCCGGAACAGGAUUCGAUGGCGAAAUGUAACUGUGAAAAAUCCACAAAGCACUAAGUUUAAAGCGCAGUCGGGUGUUUUUAUUUAACUUGAAAAUGACAUAUCUUCAUUUUCUAAAAAAAAAAAGACAGAUUAAAGCUGUUCAGACUUUAUUUUUCAAUCUGUGUUUGACCCACAAAGCUUUGAGCUUCCACUGGUUUUCAACCAAGUUAAUUUAAAGUCUCUUCAAAGUAAAACUCCUUUUAAGCAAUCACAUAAUAAAUACAGUGAAUCUCAACAUAAUAAAACAGUAGUGGGGUAACAGUCAGAAACCUGUGAAUUUUGAUUUUACUUUUCAUCAUUAAAGAAAAAUGAAAAAUCAUCUUCCAUGCUUUGUCUUUGGAGUGAAAAAUCAAAACAAUACCAGCUAUUUUUGAUGCUAAGCUGUGACAGAAUUAUGCUUUCUCACAGCAGAACAUGUAGACCAGUCAGCUUCACGGCAGAAUUCUCCUUCCCUUGAGCCAAACUCCUUCGUUUUCGAACCGAAACAACGAGCAACUUUGGUCGAGCGUCUUUCCCGGCGUCCUCUCUGAAAGCAGCAGCCACUUUAUUUUCCACAUCGAUGCUAUUGUACCACGUUCACGACAAAUAAAAGGAUGGGAAUGAUU